UUCGUUUCAGGUUUCAGGUAAUCAGAACUCUCCCCAAUACUUCAAGAAACGGAAACAACGAGGAAACCACAAUAAUUUACUAUAUAUAGAAUCUCCGAGAAGAGAAGUGUGAGAGUGAAGAAAACUCAAGAUUGCGAGAGAGCGAGAGAGCGAGAGAGCUAGUGAGUGAGUGAGUGAGUAAAGUGAAGUGAGAUUAGGAUAAAGUAAGGAUGGGGAGAGGUCCGGUUCAGCUGAGGCGGAUCGAUAACAAGAUCAAUCGGCAAGUGACGUUCUCGAAGCGAAGAGCGGGAUUACUGAAGAAAGCUCACGAGAUCUCAGUUCUUUGCGAUGCAGAGGUCGCUUUAAUCGUCUUCAACGCUAAAGGCAAGCUCUUCGAGUACUCUACCGAUUCCUGCAUGGAUAGGAUCCUUGAAAGAUACGAGCAAUAUUCUUAUGCUGAGCGACAGCUUGUGCUCUCUGAUCCUGAAUCACAGGGAAACUGGUCUUUAGAAUAUGCUAAACUAAAGGCUAAGAUUGAGAUUCUACAGAAAAACCAAAGGCACUACAUGGGACAAGAUCUCGAGCCCUUGAGUAUCAAAGAACUCCAAAAUUUAGAGCAACAGCUUGAUACUGCUCUUAAGCAUAUACGGACAAGAAAGAAUCAGCUUAUGUAUGAUUCCAUUUCCGACCUCCAGAAAAAGGAGAAAGCAUUGCAGGAGCAAAAUAACCAGCUCAUGAAGAAGCUCAAGGAAAAGGAGAAGGCACUUGUUGCCCAACAGGGGCAUUUGGGGCCUCAGAAUGAGGACCAGAACUCACCUCCCUUCCUGCUGUCACAACCACUUUCUUCCCUGAACAUUGGUGGCAAUUACCAGGAGAGAGGCACAGGGAAGGAAGGAGGUCGAAGUCAUGCCCGGACCAAUAAUGGUAUCCCACCUUGGAUGCUUUCGUCACGCGAAUAAAAUCAGUAAAUAGAAGAAGAA